AUGGCGGCCGAUCCUGCGGCACAGCGUCAGUUCUUGAAAGAUAACGUCGAUGCCGACUUUAUCUUCCUUCUGGAAGAGCAUGGUGUUGACUUAGCGUUGCAGUACGCCAUUGGUCAGCAUUACAAGAGUAUCAGGACAUUUGCUGCAUUUGCCGAUGAUAGGGGGGCGGCUCGGACGGCCAUCACCGCGGACUUCGGCGUUCGAGCUGAGAGUGCUGCAGAUCGUGCUAGGAUGGCGUGUGUCAUCACUUCUUGGGAAGCUUCCAAAUUGAUUCGCGAGGAGGAAGCUAAGCUUCGGGCUGAGGCUAAGGUGUUGGGGGUCCAGAAGCCCCUCGUCUCUUCCGAUCGAGCGGCUAUGCGAGCUGCUUUGGAGGCGGUAAGGGGCUACUCUGUUCCAGAAUCUGAGGAGCCUGCACCUGAGUACCUCGCACACAAGCUUGAGCAGAUUGAGAAUGGCGAGCCCACCGCUAGUUAUCUUGAUGAGGUUAUUUCACGUAAGGAGUCCAACUCUUUGCAGCUUCAGACUUCACUGGACAAUCAGGGCCGCCUUCGUGUUAUGCGCCAGAAGCCCACGGGGAAGCUCCCACAGAACACUGAGGAACUCCGAGCGAAGAUUCGGCUCGAGGCAUCAACAUGGGUGAUGUUGGCCGCGAAGUGUCGCGGUCGUGCCUAUUUGCAGGGAUUGCAGUUGUCACAUUUUGAUCGUUUCUUGGAAUAUCUUCUGGGAGACAAGUGCUACAGCAUGCAAGUCGCAUCGGCGGCUCCCAUGAGUUCUUCUGCACAUGCUGAUCGUCACACUUUGUCUGUGCCCUGGAAUAUCUUGCUUCAGUAUGAAUUCGAGCUUCGUAAAUGGGCCAUCAAGGAGGCACAUCGUUUGAGUGCCCCGCUGGGUGACAAGCUGCAUGAGGCUACCACCAACACCGAGCUCAAGGAGCUGCAUUUUACGUCUCAGGUGGCAUUGUCUCGACGCUCGACCGGCGCCGACCCUCCGCCACCAAAGUGGCCCCGCAAGGGUGACGGCAAGAAGGGAGAAAAGGGCGGUAAAGACAAAGGUGGCAAGGACGGAAAGGGCAAGGCCGAUGGCAAGAUCAAAAUCGGCGAGUCAUGGUUCGAUCUGGUCUCGAAAACACCGGACGGACGUGAGUUGUGUUACGCUUACAACAUCAAGCGUGGGUGUCAGGUCAAGGGAUGUCAGCGAGUUCACGCGGAUGUUCGCGCCUGGCUGGAGGUCCUAUGCACGUCACAGAACAUCAUUUUGGAGAUGUCCGAAGUCGACAUCUGCCGUGACCCAAGUAUGGAUUUGCUGGACUCUGCAGUGGCUGAUCGGUGCUUGCUUCAAGUCCAAAAUUCGGAGUGGGACGUGGUCUUGGUGACUCCGCCCUGCAAUACCUUUUCUCGGGCACGAUGCGUACAGCCGGGUCCUCGGCCACUGAGAUCACGUAUUUACCCUGCGGGUUUUCCUUGGCUUUCAGACUCACAUCGUGCUGCAGCGGAUAAUGGCAAUCAGUUCGUUUCCUUUUCUUUUCAGAUCUGCACGGCUGCCCUUUCGAAUUCUAUUCCUUUUCUGUUGGAGCACCCUGAAGACCUGGGUAUGACAACCACCGGUCACACACCGGCAUCUAUUUGGCAACUUCCAGAAGCUGCUGCACUUUUUACGCACGAGCAGGUCGUGACUUUUGCGAUCUAUCAGUGUCACUACGGAGCCCACACGCCGAAACCCACCAGGUUUCUUUCUUCUAUCGCAGCCACCUUUGGCAUGCGAUUCAUGGGGCCUCCUCGUUUUGAUUCUGCGGACAAGUAUCUGGGGCCUCUGCCCAAGUACUGUGGCCACCGGCAUUCCAAUCGUCUUUUGGGUGCCGCCAACACUGCUGCUGCUGCCGCCUAUCCGCCUGAUUUAUGCAAGGCUAUCGCUUCCUGGACCUUCUCCGUCUUCGAUGGGGGAGGAGGUGCACCCUCGGUGGCUACGGUUCCCGAAUCUGCUCACUGUUUUCAGUUCCCGGCUAGGGAGGUUGAGGUUAAAGUGAGUUCUUCACAAGCGGAACAAAUGGCUGCGGUCUGCUUGGGAAAGGGUAGGAUCGCUCGGGAUCAACUUCUCCGCCUCUCAGAGCUCCUGCCGGAUGAGGAUAGAGUCAGGCAGUCCAGCAGAGAAGUCAGUGGCCAGCGAUCUUUCACGACGGGCGCUUACACCCACCAGGACAAGGUGGGGCUCAGGCGCAACAUUGAUGUUUUCCCUCUGGCAUCGGAGCUGCUGGCACGCCUCGUGUCUUGCGGCUUCCCUGAUUGCGUCUUCACUUCAUUAGCAUUCUUUCGUGCCCGGUUUCUCGUUUUAUUAACGGCUCCUGGACCCCUGGACGCAUACUGGAAUGGGCUGGUCUUGGCUGGCUAUACCAUUGCGAAUGACGACCGACUUUCUCCUGCCGACAGGGAUAAACUUGGAUCUAUGCACUUCGAGCUUCCGGGCAAACGUAAGAGGGGAUCGGCUGAUUUCUUGAUCGACACGGAGGAGGUUGCGACGUUACCUGAACAGGAUGACAUUCCAUUCAGUGAACUGAAGUCUGGUUGCGAAGGGCCACCGAUGGUGGGGGAUUUCGCUGGGUCCUCGGAUGAGUUCGUCGAUGGGUUUGGUCGCUGCUCUCCUGGUCGGUGGAAGCCAUGCAACCGGGGCACGGCGAUGUCCGCUGAAUCCUUAGACUUUGCGCAGCGCUUGAAAGAGAGGGUCAGGAUGUUCGUCGUGGAGUGUGUUCCGGACUUGGCGAAGUCGACUUUUCGUCUGGCGACGGGACACUGGAACGGGCCGCUCUUUGACCAGGGUCGCUUGGAAGAACUGAGGGAGGACUGGUUCAACAUGCUGCCUGAUCCCAUCCGGACGCUUCGGAUUCUUGGAGACCCAGACUAUCGCAUCAUCGAGGAGGGGAAGUUCUGCUUCGUGAACGGUGUCGAGGUGGGGCACACGGCGCCAUUGGGGCCAGUGCCUCAAGUGUUCCGGAUCCGCAGAAAAGAUCAGAAGUACGAUGAGUCAACUUGGCAGCCGCUGAUGCAGAACUAUCGUGAUGGGGCUGAAGUCGAGAAGGCCUUGGAGGAGGCUUUCACCAAGGAGGAGGCAGAAGGACGCAUGUUCCCGCUUUCUUUGGCGGAGGCGAAGACACGCUUCCCUGGUACUGCGCUUCGCAUUGCCGCUCAAGCCGUGAUUCCGAAACCUGACCAUGAAUUCCGUGUGGUCCAUGAUGGGACCCACGGGGUUCACGUCAACAAUGAGAUUGUUAUGCUUGACCGUCUUGAAUCGCCUGGACCAAGGGAGAUUUCUUCGAUUCAGAAGCUGGGCAUGGUGGCAGAAGAGAAAGUCCUGUUCGGGCUUGUGGGAGACGUGAAAAAGGCGCACAGGCGAUAUUUGCACCACCCAGAGCAUUGGGGGGAACUUUCGGAAUGGUUCGCCCGCUUGAUUGGUUUGGUGGGCCGCUUGUCUCUCAGAGUUAUGCUUCAGGCUUUUGUUUUCAUGCUUAUUUAUGCAGACGACCUACACCUGCUCAGCGGCGGUUCAGAUCGAUGGCUCAACCUCUGGAUGUCCCUUGCCCUUUUGUGCAUGCAGGGCACACCCUUCUCGGAGAAGAAGUGGCGCGGGGGACUGCAACUUGAUUGGGUCGGUUACUGGAUUGAUUAUGGCCGCUUUAAGCUUGGGAUUUCGGAAAAGAGAUGCCAGUGGAUCAUCCGAUCGAUUGAGGGCAUGGAGGGAGACGGCUGGCUUGUGGACGUUCGCCGUUUUCACGAACUCCAUGGCCGGCUAGGCUUUAUGUCGCAAAUCUUGAUAUGGAUCAGACCCUUCCUCGCGCCGGGCUACGCAUGGCUAGCGGUAGUCAGCAAAGGUGCUGUAUUGGCACUGCCCAACUUGAUCCGCUGCACCCUGCGAUUCAUUCUUGAUCGGCUCCGCGCAGGUUCACGAACGUAUCCUGCGGGGCUGGCGGAUAAGGAUUAUGGGGAACUCUUCAGAACCGACGCCGCUUGCAACUCUGACUCUGUGGUUCUAGGCGGUUGGUUCCUUGUCAGGGGUGUUGUCUGUAAAUCCGCUCCUUGGUUUCAGAUUACGCUUCGUUGCGAGGAAGCCCCUUGGCUCUUCAAGGAAGGUCUUGGGAGCUCCUGGGCCAGUACCUCUGCUGAACUGCUAUCCUCGCUGGUAGCGCUUCAUCUGCUGGAGAGGGAUUUUCCCGAGGUGUUUUCAUGUCCUGGCUCUUUCAGGGCCUGCUUCGCUGGUGGAGCAGACAACAAGUCGGCGGAUGCCAUUUCUGCCAGACUUCUCACGACAAAGGUCCCUGUGAUGUUUGUGCUGAUGGAAUACGCUCACCGCUGCGACUUGGCCGGGGUCAGAUGUCUCUUGAACUGGAGGCCGCGUGAUGCGAAUCAGGAGGCAGAUAGGAUCACGAAGAAUGAUUUCUCAGAUUUCUGUCCGGACCUUCGGGUCACUGUCAGCUGGAGUGAGUUGAACUUCUCAGUGCUUCCGUCUUUACUUCGAUUCGCGAACUUUCAGAGCACUCUGGAGGAUGCGC